AUGGCUUAUCUAAUUCCUGAAGCGUCUAAGAGCUCUAAACUCCCCGUCAAGAAUUUCAUCAAGAAUGGUAAAUGGAACACUGAUAAGCUUAAAACGAUUCUGUCAAACCAUAUCGCUGAGCAUAUCAACACUAUUGGCAUUGGCAACUCAAAUUUAAAGGAUCAAGUUUUUUGGGACCUCACAAAUUACGGGAAGUACUCUAACAAGACUGCCUGGAAUUUGGUAAGGUUUAGAAAUACUAAACAACCUCUCAUCAAUAAGGUUUGGCACAAUUCUAUUCCUUUUAAAAUGUCUUUUCUUGCUUGGAGAAUUUGGAAAAGGAAAGUUCCUUUUGAGGAUGUUAUUUUGAAGUUUGGAAAACAUUUAGAUUCUAAAUGUUAUUGUUGUACAGUUGCCCGUGAUCAAACUAUAGAUCAUGUCUUUAGUCAAGGCACAAUAACGAGUAAAGUUUGGAAUCUAUUUGUUUCUCCUCUUGGCAUCAAACAUUCUCAUUUGUCUGUUAGACAUGUUAUUAAUUUUUGGUAUGGAAAUCAAAAGAAAUUUAGAAUAUACAAGUUGGAGAAUUUAGUGGGAAGGUCUUUACAAAUGGCUAUUCAUAACACCUUUCAGAAAUACAACCUAAUUCUGCCUUGGAAAGACAUUUGCCAAGAUAUGUAUAAGCUUAAUCCUGUCAUCAAAACUCAAGUGGUUUGUUGGCAGAAACCAGACACGGGUAGCACAAAGCUAAAUACUGAUGGAAGCUUCAAUAAUAACAACGGGAAAGCAGGAUUAGGCGGAGCUCUGAGAUAUGAUAAUGGAGAUCUGAUCAUGGCGUUUUCUAUUAAAGCUCAUUGCAACAACCACAACAUUGCUGAAGCCAAGGCGGCAUGGUACGGGAUAAAUUGGUGCUUACAAAAUGGGUAUAACAAUUUUACAAUAGAAUCGGAUUCUACAGUGAUCACUGACAUGCUUAAGAAUAAGAAGGCGAGCAACUUCAGAUUGAACAAAAUCAUACAAGACACAACAGAGCUUCUUAGACAAGCAACUGUCAAGCAUACCUAUUGCUAA